CAGCAAUAAUACACAGUUUCAUACAAAUGGCGUGUAAAUACCGUAGAAUGGUACAAGUGUAGCACAGAAAAUCAGGAUUUCUAUUAUGUACAAGGUGAGGUUUUACUGGGCAAUUUCUGUGUUCUAGGGCGACUACAGUGUCCUCUUUGAGAUAAGAUUUCAAUUUACUUUGACGUGCGCGAGGUUAUUACAAGCUUACAUAUAAAGAACAUGUGAAGACUGUUUAUACGCAGUGCGAAAUAUCUCUCAGUAUUUCUUCAAAAUUAAUACAAAACCAAAAUAAUUGUGGUAUAUAACAAAAUACGAUAGAAUUUUGUCCCUUCUUAGUCUUAAUGUUGAAAAAUCACCUUCAAAACUGGUAAAUUUCAUCGUAGUGUCGUAGUGUCUCGACUGGUCAUUUGUAGUACAAUGUCCGAGCGGUUGUAUACAAACAUUGACCGCCACGGAACUUAUGAAUGAAAUUCUUUUCAGGAGGUUUAAUUAGUUGCAGAACUAUCUCUACAAUUCAAGGAAAAGAGCUUUUAAAGAUUUUUCUUUGGAAACAUUUAUCUAGAGGGUUGUUAUUUGGCUAGAAAGCUGCCUGAAGUGGAAUAUUAUAAUGCUGUACAUUUCCACGUGCAAGUUGUUGGUUUGCGCGCCGCUAUUCUUUGAGUUAUAAUAUCUAGACUUUUCAUCAGUGCAGUGAGAUUUUUCGGUCCAAACACGCAGUUGUUAAAAAGCCAUGAAGUAUUGAGCCUGUAUGCAUUCCCCAUGCAUUCUUUAACGGUGUUAGAACAAGAUCCAUCGAUUACCUUCUAGUUGGAAAACGCAAAGAUGUCUCGGUCUAGCUAUUAUCGUUGCUAUGCCAUUGUUUUGGUAAAAAAAAAACAAUACAUCGACUUACUUUGCCUUUACCAACGGUUUCUGGUAAGUUCUACCAUCAAUAUACUCUUUAAAAAAAUACCAUGUUAAUUUAGAUUAAACACAGAUUACAAUCCUUGGCGAGGAGGGCGACUAUAUCAAAACUCAUAGACAACCUUAUUAUAACAAUAAAUUUAAAAUUUCACGGAGGAAAUUGUGGUUGCUUGAAGGGUCAACUCAUUUUUUAAAGCAGUCAAAUUUUUUCUCUCUUUUUUUUUUUUCUCACUAUGAUCCAACAUGAUCGAGCACCAAUUUUCAUGGUAUUUCACAAUCCUUCAAAGUAAAGUCACGCAAAUUACACAAAUUAAGGUUUUUGAAUUUGGAAUCAAUACUUGUCAUUUCAUCUGAACGUCUUUACGACUGUUUAUUUUACAACCCAUUCUUGCCAUUCUUGAGUUCGAAACCACGCGAUUGCUUCGGGCGUUUAAGUGAGAUCCCGCCGCGAGAUACAUUGUCUUAAGCCGAAUGAGGCGUUUUGUUUUGUUACUAUAACCUCAAGAUCUCUUUCAGGGCCACUUUUAUUGGCCAAUUUUAACGAAUUGAUAAGCACUGAUGCUGAUAAUACUCACAGCUAGUUCUAGUGUUCUUACAAAGACUAAACUGAGGCUAAUUAACGCAAUCUUUGGAGUGGUAAUUAUAGAUUCCAGUUCCCCUAAACAUCGCAAAUUAUACGUCAUUUACGCCAGAAAUACUAAACAUAUAUUAACGUAUUUACUUAAAAAGCGGAAGACGUUUUAAUAAAGUAUGAAAGGUUGACCGCAACUUCCCUCAAAUGAAGAGUUUGAAAGACCAAGGAAUUUCAAUUUGAAUUUUCCGUCACGUCAUAAAGCACGAGACUUGGAAAAAAAAAGUUGUCUUCUUUGUUUUGAGCUGCAGAUAUUGGUUUGGAUAUUUGCCGAUUUUCCGUUUGAUGGCUUUUCUAUUCAAUUUAAGGGUCGUCACUUUUAGCCUCUCAUUCAUAAUAACCAACAAGGCGUCAAGAUCAAAUAUCUUGAUAACUAGAAAAUAUUGUUUAAUAUUGGUCAUAUCUUUUUUAAUGCUCACAGAACCUUUGUAAAUCCUACAAACUUUGGAUUAUGCAAAAAUAGAAAGCUGACAGGGUGGCCUGAUAUGGCGCGUGUUGUCCUUAGGCAAACAUCAAGCACUGUCUGCUUCCGGCGAGAAUUUAACUCUCUGUUCGGCGCCGAGCAACUCUUUGCGUCGUAGAGAUUUUCAGUGCGGCUUUAGUGCUUUAGGGGUAGUCCGAAUUGCAAAAAGCUUUCGUUACCGUCAAAGAAUGUUCAGAGCGUAAAGAAUUUUUGUUACAGUAGUGACAGAGUACAAUGCGCGUCAAUCGUAAGUGGUGUAUUUGUUGAGUGAAAUUGCUGACUUUUUUCGGAUUACGCGCUUUUUGUUUGUUUUCUCACGUGACUUAAUUAACUCGCAGCUGAUAGUUACCGCUGACAUUAUAAACGAUUGCAUGCUUUUGUUUAAGCCGCAUGAAUGUCAUUGUUUGUAUUUUUAACAACUGUGGGAAAAUUUUAACAAGAAGGCUAUAUUUAACUGGCCUCCUCGACCGGAACUUCCUGAGACAACCUCAUGUAGUGGCGGUAUUCAAUGGACACUUUACUGAAAGAUCUGAAGAAGCGGACUUUCGCUUUUGCAAUUUUUGUAUGAUCAGUGUUUCCGACUUCUAGCCUACAAUGCUGCAUCUCUGCGAUCUUCCGUUUUAGUUCCCCCGCGCGCGGUCACAAAAAACCUAAAAACAAUCGAUAGACAGUAAUUGGAAUUUGUUUACUAUGUCUGUAGCGCAUGAGUCCAGCAUGUUAAAUAUUUGUUUCUGUUUGUUCAUCGCGUUUGCUGAACGCUCUUGAUUUCAUAAAGAGCGUCUUUUGUCUUGAUUUACUUUAGAGAUUCAAAUAUUUUGAGUUGUUUCCGCGGUUGAUGCCCUCCAAGGGCCCCUUUUUUGUUCUCCUCUGCUCCUUGGAUCGAAGUAUUAAAACAGUAUUAAAAUUCGCAGUAAAGUUCCUUGACUUUCAAAGAAUCGACGUUACCAAUAUUUGACGUUACGUCAGUUUCUCAGCCGAAAAGCUGUAAAGCCUCUGACAGAGCAAGCUUUUUAGACAAGUCGACCUCACAAGUUUUGCAGCGGAAAAGCUGUCAAGCGAGCGAAGCAGGCAUUUUAGGCUGCAUAUUCAGUUGGAAGAGGAUUUUGAUUGUUUUUUUUUUUCGAAAGUCUAUGAAGUUCCUCUCAUCGGAGGGGAAAGAUUCACUCAAACUGUAGCUUCACUUUCCCUUUCUAAAAAAGAUUGGACGAUGUGAUUGUAACGUUAUCAUCACUCUCUAUUCUCUCUGACUCUACAUCCUGGAGAUGUGGUUUUCUAAAAUAUGCGGAAGAUGUUGCCUUCCUCGCCGAGGACUUCGAAGCCCUAGGAACGUCACAAGACUUAGAAACAGUUCGAAACAUCUCUCAGUUUGCGCGAAGGAAAGACAACUGAAAAUUUGAUCAGUUUACAUAAACAUAUUCAUUUAGGCAAUUGUUCCUGUACGUCAUAUUUCAUUCCCAAACGUGGCCAAAGUCAAAUUUGAAAAUUGCAUGUUAUCAUAAAGAUAAAAUGCUUAAAAACUAGUAGUAUCCUGUAAAAGCACCACUAAAGAGGUUAAAUGGUAACACCAUAGGAUUUAAUUCCCAGACUUAACAUACUAGAUAAAUAGUACUAUGUGAAAGUACUGCUGAGGAGGUUCCAUUUGAAUGGUUAACACUAUAGGAUUUCAUCCACAGAUUCAAAAGUUAGAACUACAUACUAAAUAAAUUUAAAAAUAGUACCAUGCCGAAUGGUCACAACAUAGGAUUUCAUCCCGAGGCUUAAAAGUUAAAACCACCUUACAAGACUCUGUUAUUCAUUCUAAGAUUGAAAUAGUAAAAUUGAGAGGGAGAUCCUAGAAAUUUCGUGUUUUUUUGUGGUUUAUGAACGGUGCAAUUUAAUGUGAAGGAACAGUUGUCAUGCAGUGACCAUGCUUUGUUAAAAUGGUGUCGUGUUGAUACCUCUCCAAACGAUUUUUUUAACGGAGUAUCAGCCUUGCUUCUGAUGUAUUAGUAUUUUAAGUGCUAUAGAACUCCACGGUUAGUAGAUAGCCUGCAUAGAAGGCGCAUGAUUGAUAAAAAAUCGUUUAUUAAACAGAGUUGUGUCCGCGAGGAAGGAGCGAAUUAACGCGCGCGCGGAGGGAGAGAGAGCUUUUGUCGCGUUUAAAUGAAAGUUAAGUUUGCAACAGCUAAGUACAUGUACUUCAAAGCUAAAAUUGCUGCUUUCACUGUUUAAAGUGCAAGAUAUUCCCAAUAUGCUGUUAAUUUACUAAAUUUUUGUAAGUUUACUAAAAAAGUGCUAAGUGUUUUAAAACUGAAACUGUUAUCGUCGUGGCCCAGUUUGCCAGCAUUUAAUUUUCCUCGGGCGCGAAGCGUUUUCAACGGAAAGAAGCUCAAUAUUUUGAGACAAAUUAGAAGGAACUUACAUGCAAUAAUUAUUUAUUAACCCUUGCCAAGUCGCUUCUAAAAGGUAAAUGAAAUCCCAGUAAAUGAAACAAAAAAAAAAAAGAAAACGAUAUACGUUAAUAGUUUGACCUCGUUGGAGGGGAAGCUUUGGAAUUCUAGUAAGCACUGGUAACGUAAAAACAAAAAUACCACAUGGUGGUUUUUCGAUUCUGCAGCUCUGAGUAUUCAGCCCAAAAUGUGGUUUUCAAAAUAUUUCUUCAAUCUGUAGUUGCUUUGGCCUAUCGGGCUGCACAUUGUAAAGCUACUUCAGUGAAUAAUUAUGAGGUUCCGUUGUUACAAACUGUAGUUUUUUUGCGUCAUUUUAGGAUUAAGAAGGCACUAUCUAAUAGUUACACUGUAUAUGAAUUCUACAAGCAGCGAAUGAUUGCUUUACCUCGAAAAAGGCUUGCGUUCAGUACAUGUCAGCAACUUUCCAAGGAAAACGUACCGUGGUUAAUCCAACAUGGAAGAAGCAUCAAAAUAACAAACAAAAUGUCCAUAAUCAACCCAGAAGCCAACGGUGAUUCUCCGGCCAUUUGAAACUGCGAGAAAACCUUCACGAACCAGUCAUGAUAAGUGCACAAGUAUCCUA